CUUGGCGGCUGUGCUGCUUCCUAUUCGACCUGCAGACCCGUGAUCCUCCAUCCGCCGGACGGUUGAGUCGGAAUCCAUCUAUACCUACCUCCCUACUGGGCACAAAUACCUACUUUCUGCCUCCAACUCUUUCUUCCCAUUCCACCUUCCCAAAAACCUGGUUCUCCCGACGACUCCCACUCUGCCUCCACGAUGAAAGGCCACAGCGCGGCAGCGCUCGGCGCUCUCCUCGUUGGCGUGGUGCACCCAGUUGCCGCCAAUGGCGUCGUUCAGUGGGAUAUUCGGAGAUCACAGCGCUCGCAGGAGUUCACGAAGCUAAGGAGACGAGGCUCCACCUUCAACGAGGUCAUCUCAAACGACGAAGCAAGAGGCGGGUACUUCGCCACCUGCCAGAUAGGGACGCCGGGACAGAACUUGACGUUGCAGCUGGACACGGGGAGCAGCGACAUCUGGGUGCCGGAUUCCAAAGCCUCGGUAUGCCGGAAGUUUGGUAACUCAGGGGGUUGCAACCUGGGAGCCUUCGAUUCGGCGCAGUCGAGCUCCUUUGAGGUCGUUGGAAAGGGCGAGUUUGACAUCAGCUACGUGGAUGGGAGCUCGUCCAAGGGCGACUACUUCACCGACGUCUUCUCCAUUGGUGGUGCGACGCUGCAGAACAUGACGAUGGGGUUGGGACUCGAGACGGAUAUCUCGUACGGACUGGUCGGCGUCGGCUAUGCCGUCAACGAAGCCAUCGUCGGAAGUAGCCAGUCGGUCUCGUCGGCUUAUCCGAAUUUGCCCGUCAACAUGGUCAACGAGGGCCUGAUCAAUACGGUGGCUUACAGCUUGUGGCUGAACGAUCUUGAUGCGAGUUCUGGCAGCAUUCUCUUUGGUGGGAUCGACACGAAAAAGUACAAGGGCGACCUCACGAGGAUCCAAAUUUACCCAGCCACGCAAGACAUCUUUACGUCGUUCAAGGUCGCCUUGACGUCCUUGGAAGCCAUCAGCCCCAGCGGCCAAGACACGCUCACGUCCACGGCGUUCCCCAUUGCCGUUGUGCUGGACUCUGGGACGACGCUGUCCUACCUGCCCACGGACUUGGCCAUGCAGAUAUGGAAGGAGGCUGGCGCCGAGUAUUCUGCACAUUACGGAACAGCGAUUAUCCCCUGCAGCAUGCAGAACAGCCAGGGCUACUUCUCCUUCGGCUUUGCCGGGCCGGGCGGUCCGCGCAUCAACGUCACCAUGGACGAGCUCGUGCUCGAUGUGUCCACUGACGGAGGGCCGCAGUUCACCUCGGGCCAGUACAAAGGGGAGACGAUAUGCGAGUUCGGCAUCCAGAACAUCAGCUCGUCCCCGUACCUGCUCGGCGACACGUUCCUGCGGUCGGCCUACGUGGUCUAUGACCUGGUCAACAACGAGGUCGGCAUCGCCCAGACCGACUUCAACUCGACCGAGAGCAACGUCGUGGCCUUCGCCAGCAUGAGCGCCACCAUCCCGUCGGCAACUGUGGCGCCCAGCCAAGCCGAGGUCACGAACCGCCCGACCGUCACGGUCCCCGCGUACGCGGCUAGCAAGGGCUUUACAGACCUCUCUGCCUCCGGUACCGCCGCUAGUACCUCGGCUGAGCAGAACGCAGCGACGCCGACGCCUAGCAGGGCUAGCACGGGCCAGAUGCUGGUUGUGAGUCUCACGAUGCUGCUGACGGCGGUCGGGUCGGGCUUGUUCGUCGCCAUACUCUGAGUCGAGAGAGACACAAAGUUGACCUUUCUUUUUCUUUUUCUUUUCUUUUUUUUUUCUUUUUUUUUUUUCUUGCGAGUUGUAUUAUGGGGAUCUAGACAUGCGUAGGCGGCGGCCUCGUCGCUGAUUAUACAGCGGGCGCUGGGUUUUGAGGUUUCAGGAUCUGUAUUCCGUACUAAGCGCUUUACAGUUGGGGGCAAGGCAAGGGAAGUCAGACAAGUUACGUAGGCAAGAUUCAUUGUUUAUAGGGUCACAAUGGGUCAUAUUUUGCAACGGGAUAUUCCUACCGGUAUAUUCGCUUUUGCAUCAAGGUGCCAAGUGC